GUAUGGGCUGUAUAUUCAGUGGUGUGUUUGGCGUGUUGUUGAGUCUAUACACAAUAAGACUACAGGAGGCCUACCUAGAGUCCAUCGAGUUUGUAAGGAUACAAGGCUUUGCCAAGAUGGUUUCCUCUGUAAUAUCCCUACAGUUUUUUGACAUGACGGUGACACGGUCUCACGCAGCUUGGCUAGCUGUCAAUCAGCUUGCAGGCUUUGUGUGUGAAGAUCCCAUGCUUCCCUCAACAACAUCGAGCAUCAUAGAAACCGAGUCAUCCACCAACAUGCACUCCUCAUACGACACAGAAACCACAUCAUCAAAACCUCCUUACAGCGGAGAGGAUAAAUCUUCCAGCGGGACGGCUUCUUACAGCAUGGAGUAUUCCUCACCAGCCAAUCAUAAUUCAUCUCACAAUGCAGAGUAUUCUUCUCCAGCCAAUAGUAUGGCGUCUUCUUUUAAUGAACAAUUUUACCAGCCAAGAACACACCCCGGUUUAGGGACCAAACAUAAUGUGUUGUACAAUGAUUUUUUACGAGAUGACCAACAGAAAUAAUAUCUUUUCAUAUUUGAUUUUUUGGCAUAAUUAUGUUUAGUAUUUACAUUUUUGGCAUAAUUAUGUUCAGUACAAUUUUAUUUGUUAAUUUUUGAUUGAAAUAAAGGUGCAAUAUCUAUAUUAA